AUGGCUGAACAACUGAGAAAUACUUUUGCGAAUGCAAAGGCUGAAAAUCGCAAUGUUCUGGUGACUUUCAUGACUGUCGGAUAUCCUAGAGUGGAAGAUACUAUCCCAAUGUUGAAAGGGUUCCAAGACGGUGGUGUGGAUGUAAUCGAACUGGGAAUGCCUUUCUCUGACCCUAUCGCGGAUGGUCCAACUAUUCAAUAUGCAAACACGAUGGCUUUGAAAAACGGCGUCACCAUGUCCCAAACUUUGGAUGUGGUUCGCCAGGCCAGAUCGGAGGGUGUGACCGUCCCUAUUAUUCUUAUGGGCUAUUACAACCCAAUUCUCAACUAUGGAGAGCAAAAAUUCAUCGAAGAUGCAGCCAAUGCCGGUGCAAACGGCUUCAUUAUUGUUGACUUGCCUCCAGAAGAAGCUCUUAAGGUCCGGGACUUUGUCAACGACAAUGGGCUAAGUUUGAUUCCUCUUGUUGCUCCUUCUACCACCGACCAACGUCUAGAGCUCUUGGCACAGAUUGCCACGUCCUUCAUUUACGUUGUUUCCAGAAUGGGUACCACUGGUGCUCAGGUUUCCGUUACCGAAGACGUCGCCAAUUUGGUGAAUCGUGUCCGUAAAUUCACUAAGGACAUCCCACUUGCCGUGGGAUUCGGCGUUUCGACUAGAGAUCAUUUCAAAUUUGUGGGUGCUGCGUCUGAUGGUGUCGUUAUUGCCUCUAAGAUUAUCGAACUGAUCGAGAAGUGUGAACCUGAACAACGCUACGAGGUUGUGAAAACUUAUGUUGAAGACGUGCUUGAGGGUCGGAAACACAAAAACUUGUCUUCUGCUGAGUUCAAGGCGAUCCAUGAAAAAUCUAUCGCUGAAGGUAGAAACCGUGCAGCCGCCGUUGCCGAUUUCAACGAAGUUCACAAGUUCAAGGCUACCUUUGGUGACUUUGGAGGCCAAUACGUUCCUGAGGCCCUGCAUGCCUGUUUGAGAGAGUUGGAAAUGGGCUUUGAAAGCGCGGUUGCCGACCCAAUUUUCUGGCAAGAGUUUAGAAAUCUAUAUUCAUACAUUGGCCGUCCUUCGACAUUGCAUAAGGCUGAGAGACUAUCAGAACACUGUGGGGGUGCACAAAUUUGGUUGAAAAGAGAAGACCUGAAUCAUACUGGCUCUCACAAAAUAAAUAACGCUUUAGCCCAAGUCUUGAUUGCCAAAAGGUUAGGGAAGAAAAAAAUUAUUGCAGAAACUGGUGCUGGUCAGCACGGUGUGGCAACUGCUACCGCAUGUGCUAAGUUCGGAAUGGAAUGUACGGUUUUCAUGGGUGCUGAAGAUGUUCGCCGUCAAGCCCUAAAUGUCUUCAGAAUGCGUAUUUUGGGCGCCAAGGUCGUGGCAGUCACCAACGGUACUAAAACUUUGAGAGACGCCACUUCUGAAGCUUUCCGCUACUGGGUUUCACAUUUACAAACCACUCAUUAUGUGGUUGGUUCGGCCAUUGGACCUCAUCCUUACCCUACGUUAGUCCGUACUUUUCAAUCGGUUAUCGGCAACGAAACCAAGGAACAAUUUGCGAAGCUUAACGAUGGAAAACUUCCCGACGUAGUAGUCGCCUGUGUUGGCGGUGGCUCUAACUCUACCGGUAUGUUCUCUCCUUUUGAACACGAUUUGUCUGUCAAGCUGUUAGGUGUAGAGGCCGGCGGCGACGGCAUCGACUCCAAAUUUCACUCCGCUACACUAACAGUUGGAAGGCCCGGUGUCUUCCAUGGUGUCAAAACCUUUGUGUUACAAGAUACCGAUGGGCAAGUGCAUGAUACUCACUCGGUUUCUGCUGGCCUUGAUUACCCAGGUGUGGGGCCAGAACUUGCUUCUUGGAAAGCAUCCGGCCGUGCCAACUUUAUUGCUGCUACAGAUGCUCAAGCCCUGGAAGGCUUCAAAUUGUUAUCUCAGUUGGAAGGUAUCAUCCCAGCUUUGGAAUCCUCCCAUGCCGUGUACGGUGCCGUUGAACUGGCCAAAACAAUGGACAAGAACCAACACGUUGUCAUCAACAUCUCUGGUAGGGGUGAUAAGGAUGUUCAAAGCGUUGCAGAAGUUCUACCUAAGCUAGGUCCGCAGAUCGGCUGGGACCUGAGGUUCGAAGAAGAUCCAUCGGCGUGA